GUUGGAGGUCAGAGUGCUGUUGUGGCGGGAACCUAGGUGAUGUGACUGGAGAGGCGAGAAGGGGAGGAAUGAGAAGUGAGGCUGGAAAGAAUCAUCAUGUACUGAAGGGACCAAGAAGAAGCCAAGAGGGCCAAUGUGGUGACAGGGUUUGUGUGCAUCUUGAGAGAAAGGGCUUGUGGCUGCCUUCCUUCUGUGCCGCCUCAUGGCUCCUGUGAAGAUCAGCCAUGUGGUAUCGUUUUCCUCUCAGGACUCCAGGUACCCUGUGGAAAACCUGCUGGACCCAAAUGAACCAGUGAGGCCCUGGCUUUGCUCCCCUCAGGACCACAGUGGGCAGCUCAAGGUGGAGCUGCAGCUGGAACGGGCUGUGCCUAUCAGUUACAUUGAUGUGGGGAACUGUGGCUGUGCCUUCUUGCAGGUGGAUGUGGGACGUUCCUCCUGGCCCCCAGGCAGACCUUUUCUGACCCUGCUUCCCAUGGCCACACUGAUGUCACCAGCUGACUCCAAACUGGGAAAGAACCAUUCAGGGGUCCGCAUGUUUAAAGAUGGGGAUUUUCUGGCCCCAGCAGCAAGUGAGAGCUGGGAUAGGCUUCGAGUGACUUGCAGCCAGCCCUUCAACCGGCGGCAGCCCUUUGGUCUCUUGUUCCUUCGUGUGCGUUCUCUGUUGGAGCCCAGAGAAGACCCUGAGAACUCUCGAGUGCCUGACCACAAUCAGGUGGAAUCCCCUGUAGAAGCGCCUCAAGCCAGCCCUUGGCUUGCCAGCCCUGCCAUCCGGAGAACAUUCUUCCCAGAUCCACAGCCGAGCCUCGGGCAGGUGACUGAGCUCAGAAGCCGCCUCCAGCAGCUACAGCCUGGGGCUUUAGGACGCUCAGCCCGCAUGGUGCUUUCUGCUGCCUGCCGGGCCCUUCCAUCUACCUCAAAGAGCCUUGGGUGCCACCAGGGGGAACCAUCCCCUAACCACACAGCUAGCUCAGAUGUGGCUGAGGAGCCAGGGUCACGGAAACAGAACUCAGAGAAUGAGUCAAGCCGGACAAAGAGACAGAAGCUACAAAACCCAAGGAGAAGACCUCCAGCCACUCCAGGUCCACGGCAGUGCAGGAAGGUGAGGCCAAGACGACAGCCCCCCUGGCCACAGACGAACAGUGACCGUGCUCAGGAGAGUGGCCAGUGCCCCAUCUGUGCAGGGUCCUUCAGCUUUGAGGUCCUUCCCCUCCAUGCUGCCACCUGUGGAGAGAGCACCCCACCUCACCCAGCUUCACCUUCCUCAUCCUCGUCUUCCAUCUCCUCUUCGUCCCCAUCUCGGACUCCACCCUCACUGCACUCCGAGUCCUCUCUGGAGAGCACACUACUCCCCGCCUGGGUGCAAUGCCCCAUCUGCCAGUGCCAGUUCGCAGCAAGGGAGGUGGCGUGGCAUGCCAGCAGGUGUGGGGAACCUCCUGAGAUUCCCUGGAUGGGCCUGGACCCCCAGCCCAACUGGAAUGAGAUCGUGAACCGGAAACUCCGUUUUCCUCCCCCCCUGCUUGGUGCCAUCCAGGAGGGUCGGCUGGGCUUGGUGCAGCAGCUGCUAGAAUCCGCAGGGACGGAGGCAAGUGGGGGUGGGGGUGGAGGUACUGGGGGACCACAACGUCAGCUGGAGGAGGCCGAGGACCGCUCUUGGAGAGAGGCACUGAAUCUGGCCAUCCGGCUGGGCCACGAAACCAUCACUGAUGUUUUGCUGGCCCAGGUCAAGUUUGACUUCCGGCAAAUCCAUGAGGCUCUCCUGGUGGCAGUGGACACAAACCAGCCCGUAGUGGUGCGCCGCCUGCUGUCCAGGCUGGAGCGUGAGAAAGGCCGCAAGGUGGACACCAAGUCCUUCUCUCUGGCCUUCUUUGACUCGUCCAUUGAUGGGUCUCGUUUUGCUCCUGGUGUUACACCGCUCACGCUGGCCUGUCAGAAGGACCUGUAUGAGAUUGCCCAGCUCCUCAUGAGUCAGGGCCAUGCUAUUGCCCGUCCCCACCCCAUCUCCUGUUCUUGUUUGGAGUGUAGCAACGCCCGCCGCUAUGACCUGCUCAAGUUCUCCCUCUCCCGAAUUAACACCUAUCGGGGCAUUGCUAGCCGUGCCCACCUCUCCCUGGCCAGUGAGGAUGCCAUGCUGGCUGCCUUCCAGCUCAGCCGAGAGCUCAGGCGUUUGGCCCGCAAGGAGCCAGAGUUCAAGCCCGAAUACAUUGCCCUGGAGCAGCUGAGCCAAGACUAUGGAUUUGAGCUGCUUGGAAUGUGCCGCAACCAGAGUGAGGUCACUGCCGUACUCAAUGACCUGGGCGAAGACAGUGAAACUGAGGCUGAGGGCCUGGGCCAGGCCUUUGAGGAGGGAAUCCCCAACCUUGCCCGCCUGCGUCUAGCCGUCAACUACAACCAAAAGCGGUUUGUAGCCCACCCCAUCUGCCAGCAGGUCCUUUCCUCCAUCUGGUGUGGAAACCUAGCUGGCUGGAGGGGCAGUACCACGAUCUGGAAGCUGUUUGUCUCCUUCAUCAUCUUCCUCACCAUGCCCUUCCUCUGCCUGGGCUAUUGGCUGGCACCCAAGUCAAGGCUGGGUCGUCUGCUGAAGAUCCCAGUGCUCAAAUUUCUUCUACACUCAGCCUCCUACCUAUGGUUCCUCAUCUUUCUGCUGGGAGAGUCACUGGUCAUGGAGACUCAGCUGGGCACCUUCAAGGGUCGAAGCCAGAGUGUCUGGGAAAACUCGCUGCACAUGAUCUGGGUUGCAGGCUUCCUGUGGUUCGAAUGUAAGGAGGUGUGGAUUGAGGGCCUGCGAAGCUACUUCUUGGACUGGUGGAACUUCCUGGACGUGGUCAUCCUGUCCCUGUACCUGGCUUCCUUUGCCCUCCGAGUGCUCCUGGCAGUGUUAGCCUGGCUGCACUGCCAGGAUGCUCCAGAUGGUGCUGCCUGUCACUACUUCACCACAGCUGAGCGCAGCAAAUGGCGCACAGAAGACCCCCAGUUUGUGGCUGAAGUCCUGUUUGCCAUCACCAGCAUGCUCAGCUUCACCCGCCUGGCCUACAUCCUGCCUGCCCACGAGUCACUGGGCACCCUGCAGAUCUCCAUUGGCAAGAUGAUUGAUGAUAUGAUCCGGUUCAUGUUCAUCCUUAUGAUCAUCCUGACGGCCUUUCUUUGUGGCCUCAACAACAUCUAUGUGCCCUACCAGGAGACAGAGAGGCUGGGCAACUUCAACGAGACAUUCCAGUUUCUCUUCUGGACAAUGUUUGGUAUGGAGGAACACAGUGUGGUGGACAUGCCCCAGUUCGUGGUGCCUGAGUUUGUGGGCCGUGCUCUUUAUGGCAUCUUCACCAUCGUCAUGGUCAUUGUGCUACUCAACAUGCUCAUUGCCAUGAUCACCAACUCCUUCCAGAAGAUUGAGGAUGAUGCUGAUGUGGAAUGGAAGUUUGCCUGCUCCAAGCUCUACUUGUCCUUCUUUCGGGAGGGCUUAACGCUACCAGUUCCCUUCAAUAUUUUGCCCUCACCCAAGGCCAUCUUCUAUCUACUCAGGAGGAUCUUCCGAUUCUUUUGUUGCUGCUGCUGCAAGACCAAGGAGACUACCUUCCCCCCCAUCCCCACCUUCGCAAACUCUGGGGUGGGGGCCAGGAAUGGGGAAGGUGAGGGUGGCUCCUACCGGGUCCGAGUCAUCAAGGCCUUGGUGCAACGUUACAUUGAGACUGCAAGGCGUGAGUUUGAAGAAAGCCGUCGGAAAGACCUUGGCAACCGACUCACAGAGCUGACCAAGACGGUGUCCAGACUGCAGGGUGAGGUGGCUGGUGUAAGGAAGACACUGGCUGAGGGUGGAGCUCCUCAUCUCCCCGAUGGUGUCAGUGUCCUGAGUCGCUACAUAACUCGUAUCCGAAAUAGCUUCCAAAAUCUGGGACCCACCAUCCCUGAGACCUCUGAAGAGAAAGGAAGAGAGGAGGAAAUGGGAUAUAGAGUGCCCGAGGAACUAGGGACACAGAUAUCUGAAGAGAUGGGGAGCCAGGAAUCCAAAGCCCCAGAGUUAGGAACUCCAGAUACUGAAGAACAUGCAAGUGAGGAAGUUGAAAGGGCCAGAACCCCGGCAUUUAGGGGCGCCUACAGAAUUUCUGCUGCCCAGGUAGAGAUUCACAGGGGGUUUAAGGAAGAGGGGGAUGUGAAUGUGCCUCCAGAGGAAGGUCCAGUGGCCAGACACGAUCCCUCAGCCUCAGGAGCUGAUUAAAGAAGUAGCCUGUGCAGCAUCUUACCUAAUCCUGUGCCACCUAUACAGCCAAUUCUAAGAAGAAGUGCUGAUGAAAUCUUCCUUUCCUCCCCUAGCCCAAAUACCUUGUUGCCUUAAUAAAAUUAGA